AUGGCGACGACUGCCGAAAGGAAAGACAACCACAACUACGACAGGAUCGAGGAUCUGAACGACGGGAACGACGCUGCAUUCACUGCAGGACUUCAUACAUUGGAGAGAAACUGGCAACUGGACGAUAGUGAUAUUUAUUCGUCCAUCGAUGACGUCAACAACGAACUCGUCAGCAACCACGAGAAGAAAAAGAAGAGUUAUGACAAUAGCGACGUCAACCUCUACAGUCCCAGUGCAGCUUCGUUUGAAAUCUUCCACAGCCGGUUAGACAAUAAACCUCUCGAUGGCUACAAUGAUGACAACGUUGAAACAUGUUUUAACAGCAAAAUCAUUCAAGAUGUCAGUAGCACGCAUUAUUCAAACAUUUUACUUGACGAUCAAAAUAUGCACACGUACAACAGAGAACUCCCCAACUCCGCUGAUGGUCAUGAUCCAUGCUGCAUUUCCACGGACAACCACAAUAAGGACAAGGCAAACAUAACUAAAGUCAUAACUUACUUCAUAGAGAAGGAAACCAACCUCACUAACAUCAGUCACAAUAAUAAUGAUUUCUGCCCUAACACUAACCAAAUCAUCAAUGAAGGACGUAGCAGCCCAACCGACGACAUCAUUCAUUCAACCGCGGAUAGAAAUUCAAACAAAAAUAUAAACAACAUUGAUAACAUUAACGAUAACUUUAACACAACAGACAAUAUAACAAAUCAUAACAUCAACAUCAUCAACCGUAGUGCAAGCAAUGACAUCAACAUCAUCAACAGCAACAUAUGCCACAACAAAGUUUUUCAGAAUGGAUGCAAUUAUGAAAAUCUUAAUGUAUUACAACUCUAUUCGCAAGUAAUAAAACAUCCUCCACCAUCUACCAACAACAACUGCAGUACUGAUAACAACAAAAAUGACAGUAACAACCGCAAUGUUUCAAAUGAAAACAUUAACAACAACAACGACACUAACAAUGAAACUCACAUUGAGACAACUAACAAAACAAAAAACGACAUCAACAACAACGAAGAGACCAGACAACCAGAACCCAACACAGACAACGUUGAAAAUAUAUACUCAACAAUCGAUGAACAGUGGUUGGCAACAUCCAGCGACAAAAACAAAGACAUCAGCAUCCAGAAAACCGACCAACCAAUCGUACCCCAAAGAAAAAUUCACUGCGAUUCAAAUAACUCGAAAGUUACCAUUAAAGAUACAAUUGGUAAUGCUGACAGAAGCGUGGGUGCAAAUGCUGCUUUGGCUGAGAUCGCAACGCCCACCAACGUCGCUGGUCUGGAAGACAGGAAAAACACAAAAGACAAUAUAAUUGAUGAGGAAAUUUUGGACAAAGUUAAUAAGAAACGUGAUGUGAGAGAACAUGCCUAUGAGGUUGUGGAUAUCAUUAAUAUUAAAUUCAAAAAGACCAACACUACCGCCAACGAUGAAACUAGCAACAAUGUUAACAACAACAUCAACAACGACAACAUUAACAACAUCAACAACGACAACAUCAACAACAACAUCAUCAACAACAACAAUGACUUGAAUACGAUGGGCGAGAGUAGCAACUUCAGAAGCCACUCCGAUGAAGAGGUCACCAGGCACGACGAAGCUGGCGACGACCAUUACGACAACGCAACCAGUGUUAUCUCGUGUUUAAUUCAUAACAGCAACAAUUAUGGUAAUGAUAAUAAUAACAACAACAACAAUAACAACAACAACAAUAACAACAAUAACAACAACAAAAAGAACAACAAUAAUAAUAAUACUCAGAAAAAUGAUUAUGAUAAUCGCCCCGUUGCAGCCCAACUUAAUUACGUUGACGCAGAAAAUAAUUUGCUUGAAGAGGCGGCCCGCGUUCAAUUAAAAAAUUGCUGCUAUGGUGCUGUUAAUAUCAAUUAG